GUUCCGCCUAGUUCUUCCUGAAGUGUAUAUACCUGGAUGGAGUGGACGAAGCGAAGCGAAGGAAAACUUGAUCAACAAAAUGAAAAUUUAAAUAAUAAAUAGAAUGUUGACUGCAUUGCGUCGCAAAUUUCGCCUUGGAAUGCAGCGAACAGUUCUCAUUGCCGUGCUGCUGGCGGUUGGCCUCUUCAGCUAUGCCUUCCUCAAUCUAUCCUUUUGCUUCAAACUCAUGUCCCACAGAAGUCUCACGCACAUGUGUCAAAAAUACGAGCAUCACGAGUUCAGUGGUUCGCUCUGCGAGGAACUUUGCAGCGCACAGUCCAGCUUUGAUAAUUUCCAGUGUCCGUUGAAUGAUAUGAAAACUAUUUUAUUUACGGCCGAAAAGAAUGGCGAUAUGUAUGCGGUGAAGCUGGCGAAGCAUAAUGACGAUGACUUGAGCUGGACGAACAGCAAAGGAGAGUCGAUCUAUCCCAAGAUCGAAGAGUUCCAUGAGAUUGUCAAGCUGCACAUUAUACUCGCCUACAAUGUGACUUUAGAUGACAAUAUGAUAAGAGCCUUGGUUAACCAGGAGAUAGCUGACAACAAUUCACAGCAGAUGGUCAGCUUUUGGCGUUUGUUCAAGGACAACAACUAUAUGAUGGGCAAACUGUUCGAUGAGGAGUCCGUUUUUCCAGCCGUGCUUGGCUCCUGUGGUCCUUACUAUGCCACCGAAGGCCUGGAAAUAGUCCAGGCUAAUCCUAGCAUCAUACAAUAUCUUGCCUCAAAUCGUCAGCAGCGUUUGAAGCACGCUCUGAACAUCAUGGAAUACAUGUUUCGCUUGGAGGAGAUGAAACCGGAGCCGUUGAGAAUGUGUAAAAUACAAGUGAGCCGCUUCGGCAUGACGCCUGAUAGACGUCUCAAGUAUCAGACUGCAGAGCACGUGUACGUGGAGAGUCAGCUGGACAAACGGAUGUCCAAUGGCGCCAAGUGCCACAGCAACCAGGAGUGCAACUUCCACUCGUGUCGCGGACUCUGCGAUGCGGAGCGACAAACCUGCACACAUAUCCAGCAGAACAACAACUUUCAGAUAUUCUGCGAGCACGUUCUCGUUGGAAGUGGCACCUUUCAACCAGGACUCCUGAGUGGCAUUCGCAUGCCUCGUUCACUUCAGAAGCUGGUCAAGAUGUGCGUGCAACCGCCGAAGGAACAUCAGGUGCCUGAUCGUCGCCAGGCUCCCAAUCUGCAGCUGGCUUUGCGACUCUACAAUGAGCUGAAGCAGCUGCUUCAGGCAGUCAUAACGGCUUCGGGAGCCGAUGUUGAAGUGGAGAACGAGGCACCGCGUCUCCGGCAACGAGGAGGAGGAGCUUAACUCGCUGAAGACUCAGAUUCAGAUACAGAUACAGAUACAUUUCCUGCUGAUGGCUUGCUCAACUCAAUUGGUAGCAUUUUUACAGAAAUUAGUUUUAAUUAAAAAAGAUUUGUAGAAUUAACAUAAAGAAAAAGGUUUUUUAAUACAUGAUAAAGCGGCUUUUCAAUUGUUCUUUUCGUUCGUGUCUUUAUUUGACUUUCCAUUCAAAAAUUGUUCAUUGAAUUUGCAACAAUUUGUGGCAUGCCUUUCUGAUCUUUUGCAACUUAUUUCGAAAUUUCAUUGAAAAUCAAUCAAUUUUGAGCGUUAAAACUUGAAUUAAAAUUUUGCUUUGUCUUUGAAUGUGCCCAAAGUAAGUGUAUUCCAAAAGAGUUACAUAAAAGUGUUGAUUAGCUUUUAUCACAUUGACAUUUUAAGUUGUUGUUUUCUUUUUAUAUGUUUAUCGUUUUUAUUUAUAUAUUUGUUGUUUUUUUGUCGAUUUUCUUUUUCUUGUUGUUUGCUUUGUAUUUUUGAAAAGUACAGCGUGCACAUAACUUAUUGUUAGUAUAUAGUUUAAUUAGUUGUUUUCUUUUUUGUUAUGUAUUAAUCUUGUUUUCUGGUUUCACUAAUUUCAAAUUUUUUUUAUUACAAUAAGUUAACGUUUUUGUUAUGGCUGCGCUGCAAGACUUUUAAGUUCACAUACGGCAUAACCUAUAAUUCUUAUUAUUUCUUUUUUAUAUUUUGUGUUUUUUUGUUUAAUCUUUUUGCAUAGGCAACGUUUGUUAAUUAUAUUAGUUUAGUUCGCUAAGGAUCUGCAAACAAAGUUGAAAUUGUUUAACUGUGGCAGAUUUGCAACGAAAUUGUUUCGUUCAAUUUCGCUUCUCGUGUGUUGAUAUUAAUUUCAUUUAUUUUAUAAUAUAUAUAUAUAUUGUUUUUCUUUCUUUCUUUGUUUAUUACUAUUGUUUAGGCCGCUUAGCAUAGGUUAAUCAAUUUUAGCGCUUCUUUAAAGCCAUUUCCAAUUGUUUAUUACAAUAAUCAAGACGUUCUUUUGAGUAAAUUAUAAAAAAGAGUAGAAAAAUCUAAUAGAUAUCAUUAUAAUUUCUGUUAGUACACGUAU